AUGACGGACAAGGAUGACGCCAGUUCCGCGUAUCGCUCAAGCAUGAGCACCAUAGUCUCUACGGCACUACGUGAUCUUCAGUACUUUGACCAAUAUGAGUCCAAGAUAUCAAACACCAAGCUGAGAAAACGUUUGGAUCUGUUAUGGCAAAGUAACCAGCACAUCAAGUCCGUCCGCAGGCUGACUUGUGAGUUUCGGCCACUGGAUGUCAACACUGAAGCCUUGCAGCAAAUCAGGUUCAGGGAGAGGGAGUUGAGUCGCUCAGGGUCCGUCCCGACGCCUCCAAGCAGCAUCGAGUAUCCAGAGCAAUCCAGUGUUCAGGCCAGUCUACAAGCCAGUGUGUGUCAGAAAUUUCAAGACAUGACAAUGAUUGAGGAACUCAUGUCAGAGGACAUUGAAACAUCGCUCUCAGAAGCCCGGCUGCCCGUAUUGGUGCCCUUUAUGGUGCAGCAUCACGUCUGUCUAGCUGUGCAGAGCGCCAUGGAGGGCGUCUGCUUCGCCCUCGCGCAGAAGCACCUGCCCGAGCUCUUGCGCGAGCGGCAAUGGGACUGCCCCGAGGCCGCGAGCCUGCCCACCUGGCUCGACACCAUCAACCGCAGCCCCGACGACCUGCGCCUUCCGCCUUACAUUCUCAGCGACUCGCGCGCGCACUGCGCCCUGGUCCUGCACGAGGCCGUCGUCGAGCGCCGCCGCCUGUCCUACGACACCCUGCGUCAGGGCAUCCACGGCGCCCUCGGCAUCAUUCAGUCGCUGCCGUCCGAGACGCUCGCGCCCGCCAGGAUCUACGCCCAGAACCUCUGCACCGUCGCCAAGCAGCUCCGCGACCAGAUGCGCGACCUCGAGCCCAUUGCCGCUGGGUACCAGGCCGAACUCGACGAGACGCUCGCCGAGAUUGCGGCGAAGCGCGCAGAGCUCGAUGCCCAAGAGGCCGAGGCCCGCCAGCAUGCCAGAGACGCCAUGGCCGAGUACGAGGCCAAGUGGGACGCAGAGUACAAGGCGACCUUUUCUGCCCGAGACGCAUUCUGUUGA